CCAGACACAUGUCUUCACUCCCUCCUGCAAGCCCCAAGGAAGCCCUCUCUCCCCAUGCAUGACCAACUAGGGUCCUUCCUAUGGCAUAACCUGUGAAGUGCAGUCCAAAAUCAAGAAGAACAAUGAGGAGAUGGAGGAGUGGCUGGUGGAGUGGACCAUAGUGCAGUGUGGCCCUGAUGUGGGCCACCCAGACCAUGGGUGCCUGGACUUGCAGGUCUGGCUGAAGAAUGGCGUGAUUCUGAGCAAGCUGGUGAAUAGCCUGUACCUUGAUGGCUCCAAGCCUGUGAAGGUGCCCAGGAACCCACCCUCCAUGGUCUUCAAGCAGAUGGAGCAGAUGGCUCAGUUCCUGAAGGGAGCUGAGAACUAUGGGGUCGCCAAGACUGACAUGUUCCAGACUGCUGACCUCUUCGAAGGCAAAGAUAUGGCAGCAGCGCAGAGGACCCUGAUGGCUUUGGGCAGCUUGGCAGUGACCAAGAAUGACAGGCACUACCAUGGAGAUCCCAACUGGUUUAUGAAGAAAGUGCAGGAGCAUAAGAAGGAAUUCACAGAGAGCCAGCUGCAGGACGGAGAGCAUGUCAUUGGCCUUCAGAUGGGCAGCAAGAGAGGGGCCUCCCAGGCCAGCAUGACAGGCUACAGAUGACCUCAGCAGAUCAUCAGUUAGAGGGGAGAGGGCCAGCCCUGAGUCCUGCCCUCCCCCAACUCCUUGGCUGCAGCCAUCCCACUUAGCCUGCCUCACCCACACCCAUGUGGUAUCUUCAGCCCUGGGCAAGCUUUGAGGCUCUGUCACUGAGCAACGGUAACUGCACAUGGGCAAUCCCUUCCCCGUUCCCCAGCCUCAGCCCAACUUCUCACCCGAAAGCAUCACUGCCCCAGCCCCUCCCUUCCAGCUGCCCCUGCCACCCCUACAGACCCC